UCGUCCCUGCAAAAGGCUCGCUCUCCCUGCGUCUGCCUGCCUGCCUGCCUUUAUGUGCAACCAUCUUUUAAAAGCCAGGCCUCUGGCUGGCUGCAGGCGCCCUUUGGCGGGGUGGAGGAAACCCUUAAACAUGUCUGUCUGAAAAACACCCUGGCAGGAUCGGCCCCUCCCCGCGUGGCAGCACCCUGGCCUCUUGCCCAAAAGCUACCACCAGCAGCAGGUCUGUUUGCAUGGGGGUGAUGAAGAGUUUGCAUGCGAGGUUGGGAAGCGGGGAUCAGACUCUCUCGGGCUCUCUUUGCAGAGAUACAGAUGCCCAUCUCUCGAGGGGCAGAGCGAGAGUCCUUUCUCCUCGCCUCCGUCCACCCUGCCGGGGCCUGGCUGCUGCAGAGCCUACACACAGGCCUGGGUAGUGGUGUGGGGGAGAGGCACACAUCUUUUUCUCCAGCCAGCUCCCUUCCCGGCUAUGGCUCAUCGCCGAGCCCCGCAAAGGCACAACGAGGAGGAGCCGCCGCCGCUGCUGCCGCGGUCGCCUCUCGCUCCGCUCGGAGCCCGCAAGCUUUAGAGCUUCCCCGCUGGAGUCUAAGCGCCGGCGGCCUCCGCGGAAAGAGGACCGGGAACCAGCUUGGAAAGGGCCAGGCAGGCCGCUGGUGCUCUCGCCGGCCGAGGGGAAAAGCAGCCACGCUCGCGUCCCGGCGCAGGCGCCGAAGAUUAGGCCGGAGACGCAGUCCCAGUUUUUCAGAGGCGGCUUCGGCGGAGGACUGGCCACCUUGGGUUCGCUGGAGCUCGGGGAGGCCUUGGGGCUGCUGGAGCGUUUGGCUUGAGGUUUUCAGCGCGCCCGCUUGGAAGCCGUAAAGAGCUGGUUCGCAGCCGCAGAAAUGGUUGACUGAGCAAGGCCUCGGUCAGCGGUGCUUGGCAGAGGCGCUUUCCUUCUUCCCCGCAAAGCAGCCUUGUUUUGUCUCUUUCUGCAAAGCCCAGCAGGGCCACCGGGAGCGUAGGGCAUUGCUGGCAAGGGUAUUAUCCAUGGGGUGACUUUUUCAGGCCCUCAUCCUGCCCUCCCCAGAGCAUCAGCCAAGCCUGUGCCCAUUUGCUGGAAGCUCCAGUAAAUUUCACUGAGGAUUUCUCUCAGAGGCAGCCAGCAAAUCAGUCCUGCCAUUAUAAUAUGACUGAGAAGUGAAGGAAAAACAACAUUUGCUGACAUUAUCUAAUAUUAUAUAGAGAUGAACCUCAAUGAGGCACAUGGAACUUCUGCAUGACAGGGUGGACAUCUUGUGAGGAAGGAGUCUUGCAUAAGUGAAGAGAAGGCCUUGUAGUUGUAACAACUGUUGCUAUGAUACAUGUAAGUUACUAGUGACUUGGAAGUGGAUAGACAAGGUUGGCCAUAAGUCCUUUGUGAAGAGCAAGGACUAUUUUAUAGCCACUCCAAAUGUUCUAUAGAUGUGGGGUCUGAGAACAUGGAAAUCCGGCUUGUAAAUGCCCCAAUGUUGAGAGUGCAUAGGAAAGUAUGUCACUCAAUUGAAGCAUCUCCCUCUCUUGGGGAACAGAAGUGGAAGUGGGGGGGUUUGCUUGCUCUUGUGGCCGAGUAUCCUUCAUGCAGCAAAGGAGAUCCUGUGAGCAUUAAAAAAAACAACAACAACCAACAACUGCGGUCUCUCUUUGUUAGCUUCAAGACAUACACAGCUUUUCAGCCAGGUUUUGGAAGGUUUGCUGUGCUUGUGCAACCUUCAUCGGCAUCAUUGGCAUUUAAAAAAUUGUCACAAGGCAAAAUACACAAGGUGAGCUGCAGUGCUUCUUAAGGGUGUAACAAUCUGAGCAUGGGCAUAACAUGGUAACAAAGCCUGAACACAGUGUGUGAUUCCAUACCGAGACACACUAGAGAAUAACCCGUAGUCUGAGUUAAGAGAGGAAAUGCUGUUAAACUGAUUUCAGAUAACCUAGGAUUAGAACUCUUAUUUACAAAGACUUAACCAUAAUCAGUCUUUUUUUUUAUACACCUUAUAGGAAGAUAUUUCCUUGCUACUGUUUAAUCAUAAAAGAAGAGGGCCCCAUACGAUAGACAUAAAUUGGGAUCCAUAUAGCAGUGAGCUGUUUUGAAUUACUUGAUCAUUAAACUUUUAACAUCUUUUUCCUCCAUCCUAUCAACAUGACUUCUUAUCCCUUUUCUCUUUUUUUUUGUUGGCUCAGAUGAGAUAACCUUGCUUUGAUCUGGAAGUCAAAGACAGUUUUAAGACAGACUGUACAUUUUAUACAAAUUAGCAUAUGUACGUCUUCCUGACAUCCUGUGAAUUUUGCUAAUUAAAUAAUCUUGCGCUGAACAUUUUAGCAAUCCAGAGGAGGGGAUCUGUUUCAAAAGGUUUGCAGAACUCCAGUGGAUUACUAGUAGGCUAAAUUGCAAUAUUCUCACAUUAAUGACAUUCAAAUAGGAACCGGAUGGACAGUGCAUCAGCUGGUAAGCAAUGUCUCCUCCUAACUCAAAGCUUCACAGCCUUAGAUUGUGGAUAAUAUUCGCUUUCCUUCUCUAAAAAAAAAAAAAAAGAAAUGUAUACCUAGAUAAAGAGCAGACAUUUUGCAUCUUAUGCUGAAGCUGGAGGCUCCAGGGAAAGGGAGUGGGAAGUAAGAUGAAGCAGUAAUGAAAUGGCAAAGGGAAGAACAAAGGCUCUUAAAGAAGGUAUUGGAGGACUUUUAUUUUUGUUUGCGUUGGGGGUUAUUUUGCUAGAAACAGUGACUUCCUAAAACAGGAAAUCAUCAGUAACCCUGGAAUUUUAUGUGCAUUGUGAAGUUACAGCAAUCCACCCUGUCGUGGCUGACAAUUGGUAUUAUGAAUGUACAGUCAUGGAAAAUAAUAACUAAGGAUAGAGGAUAAACAGUUGAGGGAAAGAAAAUGUGUUCUGAUGGAGUUUAAUAUUUAGGGUGUCUGUUGUAUUCCAGCGGAAUAAAGUAGACAAUCUUAAAAGCCCUGGGAGUCUUUUGAUUGGGCAAGUUCCAUGGAAGCUGAUGACAGGCAGGACUCGCUACUUUAGAGGGUGACACAAGCAUUAAGGAACCUCUUUAUUUCCUGAUUUUGCAGCAGAUGACAUAAGAUUGACUCCUAAAAAGCUAACGUGACCAUGGGAGAUAUGAAGACUCCAGACUUUGAUGAUCUGCUUGCAGCCUUUGACAUACCAGAUAUGGUUGAUCCAAAAGCGGCUAUUGAAUCUGGCCACGAGGAUCACGAGAGCCACAUAAAGCAGAAUGUCCAUCCUGAGGAUGAUUCCCAUGCGCCAUCCUCAUCUGACGUCGGUGUUAGUGUCAUUGUGAAAAAUGUGCGGACAAUUGAUUCCUCUGAAGGAGCGGAGAAAGAUAGCCACCAUUCCACAGGCAAUGGGUUACACAAUGGUUUUUUAACAGUAUCAGCUCUAGAAGGUUAUAAUAAAGAGGAAGAUAAAUUGCUCAAAGACGAGGGCUCCAUCUCGGAAAACACACUAAAAGAGUCUGCCUUUAACCAAUUUAGUCCUAUCUCAAGUGCUGAAGAGUUCGAUGACGAUGAAAAAAUUGAGGUUGAUGACCCCCCGGAUAAAGAGGACCUGCGUGGAAACUUCAGAACAAAUGUCUUAACAAGGUCCGUCUCCCAGCAGGACUAUGAGAAGUUAAAAGUACUUGGAGGAGAAAACUUGAUGAAACAUGAAGUUGCAGGUUCAGGUAAUUCUGAUAAACCCAAGGUGUCUAAAAGAGAUUCAGAAACGAACCCGUCAACUUUAGGUCACUACGAACCCUUUAAAGCUAGGAAGAUAGAUGAUAAGUUGCUUAAAGAAAAUUCCGAGAAACUACAUGAAAACAGAGUAGUUGAUGGGAAAAUAAAUACGGAAAAAGGAGAAGCAACUCUUACCAAUCAUUCCCAGGCUAAAGCAAAAUCAUCAGCAAAACUCUCUUCCUGUAUUGCUGCAAUUGCAGCUCUAAGUGCUAAGAAAGCAGCCACGGACUCUGGUAAAGACCCACAAUACAAUUCAAGGGAAUCUUCUCCUUUGCAGAAAGAGACCAGUGAAAGCCCCCGCGCCGUGGAUAAAUCCCCCGAAUCUCAGAGUCUCAUUGACUGUGCAAAAAAGCCCUCUGUCAAACAACCUGACAGUCCCAGAAGUAUAUCAAGUGAAAACAGCAGCAAAGGUUCUCCACCAUCACCUGCGGGCUCGACACCAGCCAUCCCAAAAGUGCGCAUCAAAACCAUCAAGACAUCAUCAGGGGAGAUCAAGAGAACGGUCACACGUGUGUUGCCUGAAGUUGAUUUGGACAGUGGUAGGAAAUCAGAGCAAACAGCUUCCAUGGUGGCUUCUGUGACAUCGUUGCUAUCUUCCCCAACUUCUGCUGCAGUUCUUUCUUCUCCCCCCAGGGCACCUCUCCAAUCAACAGUGGUCACCAACGCUGUGGCUUCUGCAGAACUCACUCCCAAACAAGUCACCAUUAAGCCUGUGGCAACGGCUUUUCUUCCCGUAUCGGCUGUCAAGACGGCAGGAUCACAGGUGAUCAAUCUGAAACUUGCAAACAACACCACGGUGAAAGCCACCGUCAUAUCCGCUGCUUCGGUGCAAAGUGCCAGCAGUGCCAUCAUCAAAGCCGCCAAUGCUAUACAGCAGCAAACGGUUGUGGUGCCCGCCUCGAGCCUUGCCAGUGCGAAACUUGUGCCAAAGACAGUCCAUCUUGCCAACCUUAAUCUACUGCCUCAAAGUGCUCAGACCCCCUCUGAACUCCGCCAAGUGCUCACCAAACCUCAACAACAGAUCAAGCAGGCAAUAAUUUCUGCAGCAGCUUCUCAGCCUUCGAAAAAAGUGUCUCGGGUUCAGGUGGUGUCAUCUUUACAGAGCUCUGUCGUUGAAGCUUUUAACAAGGUGCUCAGCAGUGUUAACCCUGUCCCAGUUUACAUCCCAAAUCUUAGUCCUCCUAUAAAUGCAGGCAUCACUUUACCUACACGUGGUUACAAGUGUUUGGAAUGUGGUGACGCCUUCGCCCUUGAAAAAAGUCUGACCCAACACUACGAUAGGAGGAGCGUGCGGAUCGAAGUCACCUGUAACCACUGCACAAAAAACCUUGUUUUCUAUAACAAAUGCAGCCUUCUUUCUCAUGCUCGGAGUCACAAAGAGAAAGGGGUGGUGAUGCAGUGUUCUCAUUUGAUUUUGAAGCCAGUUCCUGCCGAUCAGAUGAUAGCUUCUCCCACAAGUAAUAGUUCUAUUACAUCAUCCAUUCUUCAGAAUUCCACUGGAGUGGGCACCCACACCAUAACCAAGAUACAGUCCGGCAUAACUGGGACAGUUAUAUCAGCUCCUUCAAGUACUCCUGUUCCACCAGCCAUGCCUCUAGAUGAAGACUCUUCGAAGUUGUGCAGGCAUAGUCUGAAGUGUUUGGAAUGCAAUGAAGUUUUCCAAGAUGAAACGUCUUUAGCCACCCACUUCCAGCAGGCUGCAGACUCAAGUGGACAAAAGACCUGCAGUAUCUGCCAGAUGUUGCUUCCAAAUUUGUGCAGUUUUGCAUCACAUCAGAGGAUACAUCAGCAUAAAUCUCCAUAUACAUGUCCUGAAUGUGGGGCCAUUUGCAGAUCAGUCCACUUCCAAACUCAUGUCACAAAGAAUUGCCUGCAUUAUACAAGAAGAGUUGGAUUCCGCUGUGUCCACUGCAACGUGGUAUAUUCUGACGUGGCUGCACUCAAGUCCCAUAUUCAAGGUUCUCAUUGUGAAGUCUUCUACAAGUGUCCUAUUUGCCCAAUGGCAUUCAAAUCAGCACCCAGCACCCAUUCCCAUGCCUAUACACAACAUCCUGGAAUCAAAAUAGGAGAGCCUAAAAUAAUAUACAAAUGUUCCAUGUGCGACACAGUGUUUACCCUGCAGCCAUUGCUGUAUCGUCACUUUGACCAGCACAUUGAAAACCAGAAAGUAUCUGUCUUCAAAUGUCCAGACUGCUCGCUGUUGUAUGCACAGAAACAACUCAUGAUGGAUCAUAUUAAGUCUAUGCAUGGGACACUGAAAAGUGUUGAAGGACCACCGAAUCUUGGUAUCAAUUUGCCAUUGAGUACAAAGCCUACCAUCCAGAAUUCAGUCAGUCACAGUAAAGAGGACUCAAAAUCCAUCAAUGGGACAGAAAAAGCAGAGAAGAAUUCCCCCACUUCUGUGAAGAAGGCAGAGCCCAAAAAAGUGUCUAAUCCUGGCUGGACGUGCUGGGAAUGUGAUCGGCUGUUUACCCAGAGAGAUGUUUACAUAUCCCACAUGAGAAAAGAGCACGGAAAACAAAUGAAGAAACAUCCUUGUCGUCAGUGUGACAAAUCAUUCAGUUCAUCGCACAGUCUUUGCCGUCACAAUCGUAUCAAGCACAAAGGCAUCAGGAAAGUUUACACCUGCUCGCACUGCCCAGAUUCCAGAAGAACUUUUACUAAGCGAUUAAUGCUAGAAAAACAUAUUCAGCUGAUGCAUGGCAUUAAAGAACCUGAUGUGAAAGAAAUGGCAGAAUCCACUAACAUGGGAGAAAGUGAAAUCAAGGAAGACACGAAGGUUCCCAGUCCCAAGCGUAAAUUAGAGGAGCCCGUGUUGGAAUUUAGGCCUCCUCGAGGGGCCAUCACCCAGCCGCUGAAGAAGUUGAAAAUCAAUGUUUUUAAAGUUCACAAAUGCGCCGUCUGUGGCUUCACAACCGAGAACCUGCUUCAGUUCCACGAACAUAUUCCCCAGCACAAAUCUGACGGCUCUUCCUAUCAGUGCAGGGAAUGCGGUCUUUGUUAUACGUCCCAUGUCUCUUUGUCUAGGCAUCUCUUCAUUGUCCAUAAGCUGAAGGAACCUCAGCCUGUUUCGAAACAGAAUGGCUCUGGAGAAGACAAUCAGCAGGAGAACAAGCCCAGCCGUGAGGAGGAAUCCAUGAAUCGAUCCGCCUCUGACAGGAAAUGCAAAGUGUGCGCAAAGACCUUUGAAACAGAAGCUGCCUUAAACACCCAUAUGAGGACACACGGGAUGGCUUUUAUUAAAUCCAAACGAAUGAGUUCAGCUGAAAAAUGACCUGCUCCUUUCUUUCAUCCCAUAAGCAUCUUCCAAAAGCAAAAAAAAAAAAAAAAGAGGGGAAAAAAAAGAAAUCAACC